AUGGUCUCGUGUUCCAAGUGUGGAAACUGUUUCACCCACAGGGCAGAUCUUAUUGAGCAUCAGAGAAGUCACGGGGUGGUGAAGUCAUUUUCAUGUUCUGAGUGCGGAAAAUGUUUUACAAAGAAGCGCUACUUAAUUGAACAUCAGAAUAUCCACACGGGGGAGAAACCAUUUUCAUGCCCAGAGUGUGGGAAAUGUUUUUCCCAGAAAGCAACGCUUGUCAAACACGAGAGAGUCCACACGGGAGAGAAGCCGUAUUCCUGCUCGGAGUGCGGGAAAUGUUUCACUGGGAAAGAUAUACUUAUCACACACCAAAGAAUCCACAGAGGGAAGUCUGACCUCACCAGACAUUGUAGGAACCACACAGCUGAGAAACAAUACUCCUGUCCCACGUGUAGGAAAAGCUUUCCUGAAAAAUCACUUCUGGUUAUACAUGAACGCGUUCACACCGGGGAGAAGCCGUUCGCUUGUUCUGAGUGCGGGAAAUGUUUCUCCCAGAGAGGAAGCCUCAUAUCCCAUGAGAGAAUUCACGCUCCAGAAAAACCGUUCUCCUGCUCCGAGUGCGGAAAGAGCUUCACCCAGAAGCAAAACCUCAUCGCGCAUCAAAGGACACACACGGCCGAGAAACCAUUUUCGUGCUCCGAAUGCGGAAAGUGUUUUACCCAAAGGGUAAACCUGAUCUCGCACCAAAGACUUCACACGGGAGAAAGGCCAUUCUCGUGUUCCGAAUGCGGGAAAAGCUAUACUAACAGAUCGCACCUUGCCACCCAUCAGAUUGUUCACAUGACUGAAAACCCGUAUUCCUGUCCUCAGUGCGGGAAAUGUUUCACCCGCAGGGGAAGUCUCAUCCAACACCAGAGGUCACACACUGGAGAGAAGCCAUUUUCCUGUUUGGAAUGUGGGAAAAUGUUUACAAGGAAAACGUCGCUUAUGUCCCAUCUCGGUUCCCACAGGAUGCAAGAGGUUCCCGUGGCGGAAGUGGCAGCCGAGUAG